GAACCAUUAUUAUCACCGGCGUGCAAAACACCAUCGGGAUCAUUACGUAGUGUUAUAAAUCCUACGUGUCCAAAACACGGCCAUGCAGCAGCUUUAGCUCAAACAGCUGGAAAAAUGGGUCCUCAAAGUGGUUCACUGACAGCUGCCCAUGGACUUGAAGAAAUCCAAGUCUAA